AUGGUGGAAACCAACGCAAGCAGUAGCGCCACGGACGAACCCGCGAAAAGCGAGGACUUACCCAACGAUGAAGGCGCCAUCGAUGGAAGCAUCCGUGUGGAAGGUGGUAACGAUGAAGGCAACAAUGUCAAACGCAGCAAUGUUGAGAGCUUCAAGAGGAUGAUAAAGGCUGCGAAGAAAAUGUCGUCCAGGAAGAAGAAGAGGGAAAUAAGGGACGCAGACUCAGAGGAAGAGCAGAACAUCCUGGAGGUGGAGAAAAAACAAAACGAAGAAGAAGGAGAAGCGAAUUCAAAGGAAGACCAAGAACUCGAUGGAGGCCUUGACGAAAAGGGCGAAAAAAACCCAAACGGGGAAGGCUCAAAAGAAGACCUCUCGAAUGAGAACAACCCAGGGAAGAGGAAAAGGAAAUCAAAAUUGAAGAAAAAAGGCGACCAAAAACAAAUUAAGGAAAAGAGUACUCACCCUGCGGAAGACAACAUUUUGGGGGAUGAAAACUUAUCUGAUGAUAGUCAGAGCAGCGGUGUGGCCCGCAAUGAGAAGGUAGUCCACGAUGAUGAUGAUGAGGAUGACCACGUUGGUGAUGGUGAUGAUGAAGAUGUCGACGCCAAACAAAAAAGAGAAAGGAAAAAAAACAAAAAUAAGGGAAAGCUCCGUCACACCAAGGAUAAAAGCGCCGACCAGGGUGGCCAAAAGAAAAAGCUCAAGUCGUCCACAAAAAAGAGCAAGUUUAUAGAUAGCGUAGCCGAAGAAGGGGAGGAAGAGACUGAGAGCGAAAGCGAUAGCGAGGAGUAUGAAGAGGAAGACCUAAUCAUCGAGGAAAAUGACGGACAAGGGAAAAAAAAAAAAAAAAAAAAUUCAGCGAGAACUGGGAACUUGUCCACCCUGAGCCUACUGGACGAUGAAGGAAAUUACAACGAUAACGAAGACAUAGUUGAUUCUGGUAAAUCGGAGAAAAAAAAAAAAUCCCAUUUUGAUGAAAUAUUGGAAAAUUUAAAGAUGAAAAGGAAAAGAGUACAAAAGAUUUCCGAAGAUGAAGGCCUGCAGUAUUGCGAAAAUGUUCUAAACCAAAUGAUAUUGAUGCAUGAACAGGAUAUAAAAAAUAUAAAAGAAAAAAAACCAGCAACAGCCAAGUUACAAAUAAUUGAUCAAGUGUGUAUGAUUCUAACCAAGCCAAAAUGGAAACCUUUUUUCAUGAAGCUAAAUAUUUACCAUGUUUUAGCAUUAUGGCUAAUGCCGCUUUCAAAAAAUACACUUCCCAAUUUUACCAUCCGAACGAAUUUAUUGAAGGUGAUACAGCAGCUUCCAAUUACUAUCAAAUCGUUGAGAGGUAGUCAGCUUGGGAAAAUUAUGACCUACUUACACACACAUAAAGACGAAACAGAUGAAAACAAAAAACUCAUCAGAACCAUUUUGCAAAACUGGAUGGGACCCAUCAUAGGAAUUAACACAAAUUAUAAACAAUUUUUAAAGGAAAGACAAAAACGAAUUUUAGAAAAUCCGGAAUAUCACAAGAAGGUACUCGAAAAAGCAAAAACAUUGCUUCCAGAUUCCAUUAGCAUUGAGAAAGAGGAAGAGCAAAAUGAAAUGAAAAAACAUGCUACCAUACCCUUCAACAGUGAAUGCUCCUUUUUGAUUAACGUCCCCUCUUCUGUGCCAAAUUCUAGCAAGAAAAUAAUGCCUAAAAGUAAAAUUAAGAGGCUUACCGAUAAUAUGAAAUUGUUGAAGAGGGCGCGAAAAUCCCAGAAGGUUUCCAUUGAGGGCAAGGGGGUUGCCUUGUAG